UCCAAACAAGAUUCCUUCCACAUCCAAAAGGCUGCGAGGGCUAUAUAUAAAAAGCGCGGCACCCACCGGAGCUCCCGCCCGCCUUGCCUCAAUCACUUUACCAAGAUAACCCACCACCGGCCGUACCCAAUCGAAUCGGUAAUGGAGCACCACCAGCGGCUGCUGCAUUUGUCGCCACACCAAGAGCACCUCAUGAUCGGCCCGGGCUUCUUCGACGUUGACCCGAUGCACUUCCACGGCGACGACGCCGGCUUCCUCGCGGUGCAGCCGGCCGCCGACGAUGGCGCCUGGAUGGAGGACCUCAUGCAUCUCGGCGACGAGCUGUUCGGCGGUGGUGGCGGCGGCGGCGGCGCCGGGGACGACAACGACAUGGUGGGCGCUGCUGCUGCUGCUGACCAGGCAUGGCGGCAGGAAUGCGAGGGCGCGUCCCCGGACGACCACCCCUGCAGCUACGACGACGUGAUCAGCCCUGUCUCCGGGGAGCAAGGCGCGGGCUUCGAGCCCAGCCGCGACGACAGCGACCUGUCGGGGACGAGGAAGAGGCGAGACCGCUCCAAGACCAUCGUGUCGGAGCGCAAGAGGAGGUUCCGGAUGAAGGAGAAGCUAUACGAGCUCAGAGCUCUCGUCCCCAACAUCACAAAGAUGGACAAGGCCUCCAUCAUCGCCGACGCAGUGGCGUACGUCAAGAACCUGCAGUCGCACGCCAGGAAGCUCAAGGAGGACGUGGCGACGCUCGAGGCGCGGCCGGGGUUGGCCGGCCGGCGGCAGCAGCUGCAGCAGAAGCAGGGCCGCCGGCACGGCCGCAACGGCGGCGACGACGAGGGGAACAGCGGCAGCUCCAGAGGGGGCGGCGGCGCGCGGGUGACGCUAGUGAGCGCGGCCCAGGUGGGCGAGGGCCGGUUCUUCGUGACGGUGGAGUGCGAGCGGCGGGACGGCGUGGCGGCGCCUCUCUGCGCGGCCGUCGAGUCCCUCGCCGGCUUCCUGGUGGAGAGCUCCAACCUCGGCUGCUCGUCAGACCGCGUCGUGUCAACUCUCACACUCAAGGUUAGUGAAGCAAGGGAGGAGGUGAUGAUCAGCGACCGCACGGUGAAGCUGUGGGUGAUGGCGGCGCUGCUCAGCGAGGGCUUCCGGCCAGAAGCCACGUCGGAGAUCUGCUAAGCCACGUGUCGUCAUUCCAUGUGUUGUUAGUAGUGUGGCGUGUGGCGUGUCCUCUGGUUUGUCCCUGUCCGUCCGAUCCGUAACUGAGUACUACAGAAAGUGGCCGAGUUGUACCGCUGCUGUGCUUCAGUCGACCAGGGCCGUCGCCCGGCCCGCAUGGCUGGUCAAACGGCGCCGUUAAAUGUAUCAAGCAAUUGACGGUAA